GCGCUUCUACCUCGGACUUGGACGUAUUGCUCGACGAGGACUUUCCCAAAGAUUUCUGCCAAACAUGGAUGGAUCCAGCAGUACAUUAACAGAGGGGAAGAGAAAGCCGGUUGUAAUCAUUACGAUUGGCAUGGCGGGUGCAGGCAAAUCCACCUUUGUGCAGCGGAUUAACUCGUACCUGCACUCGCUUGACCCACCCUCGCCUCCUUACAUCCUCAACCUGGAUCCAGCAGUCACGCAUGUGCCAUUUGAUCCGAACAUUGACAUACGGGACACGGUCAAUUACAAGGAAGUAAUGAAGCAGUAUAACCUAGGGCCCAAUGGAGGCAUCUUGACAGCUUUGAACUUGUUCACAACCAAGCUUGAUCAAGUGUUGGACUUGGUGGAGAAACGUGCAGAGACAGUCGACUAUGUCAUCCUUGAUACGCCAGGGCAGAUAGAGAUCUUCACCUGGUCGGCGUCCGGUGCUAUUAUCACCGACGCGGUUGCCUCCUCAUUCCCCACCGUUGUCGCAUACAUCAUCGACACGCCGCGGACAACAGCACCAGCAACGUUCAUGUCGAACAUGCUCUACGCCUGCAGUAUCCUAUACAAAACGAAACUUCCUUUCAUCCUGGUGUUCAACAAAACUGAUGUGCAGCCUCACGAUUUCGCUGUGGAAUGGAUGCAGGACUUCGAGGCGUUCCAGAUGGCGCUCAAUUCCCAUAGCGGAACGACUGACUCUGAAGGCGAGCCAACGUACAUGAACAGCCUCAUGAAUAGCAUGAGUCUUGUGCUGGACGAAUUCUAUAAACACCUCAAGGCUGUGGGAGUGUCAAGUAUGACCGGGGCGGGUGUGAAGGAGUUCUUCGAAGCUGUCGAGGCAUCUCGAACGGAAUACGAGAAGGAAUACCUGCCCGAGCUGCAACGCGCCCGCGCCUCACGCGACAAGUCUCUGCAAGCCGUGAAAGAGGAAUCAAUGACACGAUUCAUGAAAGAUCUCUCCAUCGACCGAGAGCGGAAUCCGAAUGCGGCACUCCGGGACCGCUGGCGACCUGAAGACGAGGACGACGACGAGGAUCCAGACGUCAACAUAGUCGAUCGCAGCGAGGAGCCCUGGCCUGGCCAGUAUAUCGACGUUACUCGCUCACGAAAAGGAGACAGCGAAUCUGUCAACUGGCCUCGGCCGAGUUAGAGAUAAUCAAUGCGAGCCCAAAUGAAGUGAAGUGUAUUUGUAUUCUUGAAUUACGGUGUACUCUGGCAAGUCCGCGUUCCUCGUGUCUCCGAUGCGCCCCUCUACCUAUCCAGACAAUACAGGCCGCUGAGGACCAG